ACGGUAGAGAAGCUGCUGGAGGCAGGUCUCAUCGAGGUAGCCAAUAAGGAGGAGGAUCUGAAGACGCUGCGAGAGAAAAACGAGGCUUUGAAGAGGGGGAUGGAGGCUCUGCAGCUGCAGCAGUCGCAGCGGAUGCCGUCAGAGUCUGUGCUGGAGGAGCUGCAGAGAGUGGGCCUCAGGCGGGCCGCCUCUCUUGAUGGCCUCCGUGUAGCAGAGGACUCGAGCCAGGGUGAAAGUGAGCCUUGCAAGGACUCCUAUCCGUCAACAGACGACGAUGACCUGGACUUAUUGUACAAGUUGAGGACAGGGGAGAGGCAGCCCUCUGCGUUUAAGGAAGUGGGCAGUUCAGGAGGGGACUCUGAGUGUGACACAGACCCAAUGGCUUCACUAUGGGUCCAAGAGAAAGACGAGAGCAUGAGAAUGGUGCAAGAGAAGCUGCAGGCAGAGAUGGACAAGGUGUUGAGCAAGGAGAAAGCUCUUAAGGAGCUGGAGAAGCAGGUGGAUGACCUGAGGGCAGAGGUGGAGCGUGCAAGACAGCGGGAGAACGAGGAGACCGCUGCGUCUCGCACCCAGCUUCAGGAGCUCCGCUCCCUGCUGGCUGCCAAAGACGAGGAGGUGCAGACUCUGCGCAAGGCUCUGCGGGAGGCCACGUGGGACACUGCAGAGAAGGAACAGCACAUCCAGACACUGCAGGAGGAGAGCUCAGUCUUGAGGAUCCAGCUGGCGGAGCAGCAGCAGGUGCAAGCAGAGGGGCCAAGCCAAGAACUUCUGUCAGGGCUGCUGGAGAAGGAGGCUCAGCUCUCACACCUGCAGACAGAGCUGGAGGAGCUGAGGGCCUCCCUGGAGCUGCAGCGGAGGAAGAACAACGAGCUCCGGGAGAAAAACUGGAGCGCAAUGGAUGCUCUGUCAGCAACUGAGUCGAUGCUUCAGGGGAAACUCAGCAAGACUGCCCAGGAGAGUCAGAAAGCCGUGGAAGCGGCGGAGGCGUCGUGUCGAGAGGUCCUGCACAGACUGCUCCCCAGUGUGCCUCUGCCAUCCAGUCAGAACCACCAAGAGUGGCUGCAGAGAUUUGAAACCGCAGCCAAGCAAGUCUUUUGGUAG